ACGAGUUCCACGCGAAUUGCUCGGACCAGAAGAUUCCCAACUUUGGAAUCUUCGUGCUCUUCCCCGUCAUUCCUUUCAGUCCGCUGUCGUUCCUUCAAGAUGCGGGUACUACGGGCAGUGGCUGCACUUAACAGCAGCUGCGCUCUGGGUUCCAGGCAGGGAGCUCGCUAUGCCGGCCUCGCAUGCCGCGCUGCCCUGACUGCUCCGUCGGCGCCAUGCUACAGCUCCCGGCUCAGCGGCCUGCGUCACUUCAGCAGGAGCCCGGUUUCUCGCGCCUCGAGCGCCGCGGAGGCUGCGUUGAAGCAGGCCAAGGAGCUCGCCGCCGCAAAUAUGACCCCCGAGGCCGCCGCCGCCCGCUUGACCCCGGAGGAAGCCAAGAGGCUGGCUAGGGUCCGGAAUAUUGGUAUUGCAGCACACAUCGACAGCGGCAAGACCACCGUGAGCGAACGCAUCCUCUUCUACACCGGUCGCACCAAGGCGAUCCACGAGGUCAGGGGGCGCGAUGGCGUCGGUGCCAAGAUGGAUUCCAUGGAACUCGAGAGGGAGCGAGGUAUCACCAUUCAGUCCGCGGCCACUUUCGCCGACUGGAAGAAGGUUGAGAACGGCGUCGAGGAGACCUACCACAUCAACUUGAUCGACACCCCGGGCCACAUUGACUUCACCAUCGAGGUUGAGCGUGCCAUGAGAGUGCUGGACGGAGCUGUCAUGGUCCUCUGCGCCGUCAGCGGCGUGCAGAGUCAGACCAUCACGGUCGACAGGCAGAUGAAGCGGUACAACGUCCCCCGCAUCAGCUUUGUGAACAAGAUGGAUCGCAUGGGCGCCAAUCCGUUCAAGGCGGUCGAGAUGAUCAAUUCGAAGCUCAAGAUCCCCGCGGCCGCCGUUCAAAUCCCCAUCGGUUCCGAGAAGGAGUUCGAAGGCGUUGUCGACUUGAUCCACAUGAGGGCCAUUCGCAACGACGGCCAGCGGGGUAUCAACGUUAAGGUCUCCAACACGAUCCCGGAGCAUCUGAAGGAGCUUGCCGAGCAGAAGAGGCAAGAGCUGAUUGAGAAGCUGGCCGAUGUCGACGACGAGAUUGCCGAGAUGUUCCUCGAGGAGAAGACGCCCACUCCGGAGCAGAUCAAGGCCGCCAUUCGCAGGGCGACCAUCGGUCUCAAGUUCACGCCCGUGCUCAUGGGCUCCGCUCUUGCCGACAAGUGUAUCCAGCCCAUGCUGGACGCUGUCUGCGACUACCUCCCGAACCCGGGCAACGUCGAGAACGUGGCCCUCGAUCGGUCGAAGAAGGAAGAGCCGGUGAAGCUCCUGCCGUACAAUUCCCUUCCGUUCGUUGGCCUCGCGUUCAAGCUGGAAGAGAACCCCUACGGCCAGCUUACCUACAUGCGCGUCUACCAGGGGAGCCUCAAGAAGGGCCAGUAUCUCUACAACGCCCGCACGGACAAGAAGGUCCGCAUUCCCCGUAUCGUGCGCAUGCAUGCGAACGAGAUGGAGGACGUUAGCGAGAUCGGCGCCGGCGAAAUCUGCGCCGUUUUCGGUGUCGAGUGCGCCUCCGGUGAUACCUUUACCGAUGGCCGGCUGCCGUACGGCAUGAGCUCCAUGUACGUGCCGGAGUCGGUCAUGUCGCUUAGCAUCAAGCCCAAGCGCAGCAGCGACGCCGACGCCUUCAGCAAGGCCAUGAACCGCUUCAUGCGUGAGGAUCCCACCUUCCGCCUCCACGUCGACGAGGAGUCGGAAGAGACUAUCAUCAGCGGCAUGGGCGAGCUCCACCUCGACAUCUACGUCGAGCGCCUGCGCCGCGAGUACAAGGUCGAUUGCGAGACGGGCAAGCCGCGCGUUGCCUACCGCGAGACCAUCAGCAAGCGUGCCGACUUCGACUACCUCCUCAAGCGCCAGACGGGCGGCCCCGGCGAUUACGCCCGCGUGGUAGGCUGGAUCGAGCCCAACGCGGACAACGCCGAGGCCAACAAGUUCGAGACGCGCGUGGUCGGUGGCAACAUCCCGGACAAGUACCUCGCAGCCUGCGGCAAGGGUUUCGAGGAGGCCUGCCUGAAGGGCCCGCUGCUCGGCCACAGGGUCAUCGGCGCCUCGAUGGUCAUCACGGACGGCGCUACCCACGUUACCGACUCUAGCGAUUACGCCUUCAACCUGGCCACGCAGAUGGCCUUCCGCAAGGCCUUCGCCGACGCCGGUGGCACCGUGCUAGAGCCGCUCAUGAAGACGACCAUCACGGCCCCGGCCGAGUUCCAGGGAAAUGUCCUGAUGCUGAUGAACAAGCGCGGCACCAUCGUCGACACCGAGGUCGGCGCCGACGAGUUCACCAUGGUUGCCGAGUGCAGCCUGAAUGCCAUGUUUGGCUUCAGCACGCACCUGCGCGCCGCCACACAGGGCAAGGGCGAGUUCAGCAUGGAGUUUAGCCACUAUGCCCCGGCGCCGCCACAUCUCCAGAAGGAGCUCAUUGCCAAGUAUGAGAAGGAGUUGGAUGCCAAGAGGACCAAGUAAACCCCGACCAGGACUGUCUGUUUUCCCGGCGGUUUUCUCUUGCUUCAGCUUGGUCCCAGUGCCUGCGCCCUCUCCUCUCCUUUCGAAGCUCGCAACAGGCUUGUGGGUCUUCGACGGUCUUUCGCCAUGAUUUAUCAAGGCGCUAAGGGGUGCCUCGAACGUGUGCGCCGUGAGACGGUUGGCUGCAGCACCCAAGGGUAAGAUAAGAAGAGCGCGAGCUGUAUGAUUAGGAUAGACUCAUGCGUAGAUGGUCAUCCCUGGCACAGGCGCCAGAGGCAACA